AUGGUGGAGGAUGUGUACAAGCAAGGACCAACUGCUGUCCAGAAGGCAUCUCAAUUACUACUCCCUCAUAUUCUUCCACAAGUUGCAGGCCUACUAGAGCCUAGGGAGUCAGAGGCUCCAAAGGGACAACCACCAAAGAGGUCGGACACUAGAGAUCUUUCUUGGUUUGAGCAUUGGAGGAAACUGUUGACAAAAAGGAGCAAAACAAAUCAAAACACGAGAAGGACACACCAGACGACUCCUGCAGGAGGUGUCUCGAAAAGUCAGCAUAUAGAUGGAUCAUUGGAGGCAAUAAGUCACAGGUUGGAUCACCGGACCCCUGUGAGUUGCACCCAACUGUAUGGGUUUGAGGACGUGGAUUUGAUGACUUUUGCAAUCUUGUACAACUGUGCAAUUGUUGUCUAUAGACUGUAUAAUGAGCGACACACGGCACAUUGGCUGCGACUAUAUGUCGAGGAAAUUGAUGGGGUGACACCAAUGCCUUCUUUUAGUCCACAGUGGUCUCAAUUUGGGGAUAUGCUAAGAGUUGAUGAUUGGGAUUCGUUAUACGAGCCACAAAUGCAAUUGUAUGUCAUUCUCGGAGGACAUUAUCAAGCCGAUGAGAAUGACGAGAGUGAUUAA